UGAUCAUCACACAGAGAGAGAGGCGGCACGUCACGGAUCCGCAGCGACCGAGAGAGAGAGAUGCUGAGGUGACAGGCGUUAGGAGAGGAAAGAGGGACGGCCGGAUCGCACUCGGACUUGUUUCUCCCACCAAAAAUAAUUGCUAACGACAAUAACACUCUUCUUCAUGGCGGGUUCGCUCGCGAUGGGAUUCCGCUCGACGUCGUCCCCGCCGCCCUCCAACGUGCAGGCUUUUUUGUAACCACACCCGGCUCUCUCCUUUUGGAUCUAGGAUCGGCAGAAAAGACCCGAGGGUUCCCCAUCAAGGCCCGAAUGCCCGGCCCAGUUUGAGGGUUUGGGGGGUGAGGACAGCGUCCCUGGUCCACAGACGACGGGAUGAGCGGCGGCGUGGAGCAAGUGGACAUCCUGAGUGUGCUCUCCCUGGUCAAGGAGCGAUGGAAAGUGGCCAAGAAGAUCGGCGGCGGCGGCUUCGGGGAGAUCUACGAGGCGGUGGACAUGCUGACGCGGGUCAGCGUGGCGCUGAAGGUGGAGUCGGCCCAGCAGCCCAAACAGGUGCUCAAGAUGGAGGUCGCCGUGCUCAAGAAGCUCCAGGGUAAAGACCACGUGUGCCGCUUUGUGGGAUGCGGCCGCAACGACCGCUUCAACUACGUGGUGAUGGAGCUUCAGGGUCGCAACCUGGCUGACCUGAGGAGGAGCAUGACCCGGGGAACCUUCAGCAUCAGCACCACCCUGCGUCUGGGCCGACAGAUGCUGGAGGCCAUCGAGAGCAUCCACUCGGUGGGCUUCCUGCACCGCGACAUCAAACCGUCCAACUUCGCAAUGGGCCGCUUCCCGAGCACGUGUCGGACCUGCUACAUGCUGGACUUCGGUUUGGCUCGUCAGUUCACCAACUCGUGCCAGGAGGUCCGGCCGCCCCGGCCAGUGGCCGGGUUCAGGGGAACGGUCCGCUACGCAUCGGUCAAUGCACACAAGAAUAAGGAGAUGGGCCGCCACGAUGACCUGUGGUCCCUCUUCUACAUGCUGGUGGAGUUUCUGGUCGGUCAGUUGCCGUGGAGGAAGAUCAAGGACAAAGUGAGGACGGCCGAUAAUCGCUCACCUUCACGGACACUAAGCAGCUGGGUGAUGAGCUGUGACAGGUGUGUGUGUGUGUGUGUGUGUGUGUGUGUGUCUGUGUGUGUGUGCGUGUGUGUGUCCCAGGAACAUGUGGGGAAGCUGAAGGAUACUUACGACCAUCGCCUGAUGCUCAAACACCUGCCGGCAGAGUUCGGCGUGUUCUUGGAGCACAUCUCCAGCCUCGACUACUUCACCAAGCCGGAGUACCAGCUGCUGAUGUCGGUGUUCGACAACAGCAUGAAAACCUACAACGUGGUGGAGAAUGACCCGUACGACUGGGAGCGGACCAGCUCCGAUGGCACUCUGACAAUCAUCGCCGUUGCCACGACGCCGCAGCAUCACACGCGCCUCACUCCGGCACACAUGGGUAUGGCGAAUGCCUCCCUGAUUCCCGGCGACCUGAUGAGGGAAAACACAGAAGAGGUUCUGCAGGACGAGCAGCUCAGCGACGUGGAGAACAACCCGGCUCCGGAGCGCCUGCCGGGCUCUCCCCUGCACCCGCACCGCAACCAGGAGGCCGACGUCUGGGAGGAGCUGGACCGCAACCGCAACCGCAUCCGGUCGGCGGUGUGGAAGGGGGCAACGGAGGAGGACCACAGCAACAACCAGGGCAACCAUGGACACCAGAGCCCCUAUCCCGGGCCUGGUUCCCCGGUCAAACUGCCCUCCGAGGCGGCGGCUUCAGACCGCGACGGCCCCCUGCUGAGGAAGCUCCGCAACAUCCACAGUUUUGAGCAGGAGCGGAGGGUCGCCCUCGAGGCCACGCCCAGUCCGGAGCGCUUCCUGGAGGCCUGCUCAGGGAAGCAGCUGCUUGGCGCCCAGGAGAAGGAGGCGGAGCCCGACGGUGCCGUUGUCAUCCCGGUAACUCACGGUCAAGCCCAACCUGCCGGGGAGCAUCCCGAUAGGGUCUGGCACUACGAUGAGGAGAUCUUGUCCGGUGGUGGUGGUGGUGGUGGUUCUCCUAAGCCGGUCUCCUGUGGAUCUCUGGAGCACGGGGAGGGGGCGGCAGUCAUCAGCGGAGGCUUCGUGGCCCUCAAUCUGAGCUCCGGGAGGCAGGACGUUGACUCGAGGGAGUGGGUGAUGGUGGAGCGGCCCGGCGGCUCUCCGGGAGCAAAGGUUACCGACAGCCCCUCGGCGGAGGACGAGGAGCCGGAGGUGCUCCAGCCGGGGUCACCCGGAUGGGGGCGGGGCUACCCGAGCGCCGCUAACCCCGGCAAAGCUCAACAGGAAAGCACGACGUCCUCCAAGGGAAGUGCAAAAGUGGACAAGUUGGAGCUUAGCGUGGGCCUCGCGGGGGCUCUGCACCCCGUCACCCCCACCAGCCCGGCUGAAGCUCUGGCUGAGGGCGUUCUCACUCAGCUCCCCACCUCUCCUCCAUCCCUGCCCGAGGAGGUGGCGUUCCGGACGUGCGGCCCCACCCCUCUGCUCUCUCCCAGCCCUCACACACUCCUGACCACCCUGUCGGACCCGUUACACCCGCGCCACCCGGCGGCCAUGAGGCGCAGCCAGUCCGUGGACCCGCAGCGGCGGGAGCGCCCCUCCUCUUGCUCCUCCUCCUGCUGCCACACCUCCCUGCCGCUGCCGCCAAACCAAACCGCCACCCCCGGCACCACCCGCUCGCCCACUCGCAGGAAACUGCCGGCCAUCCCGCCGGGCGCCGUCAACGCCAACUUCCCCUCCGUCAUACGCAUCACUCGCGCCCAGCUUCAGCAGUUGACAGCUCAGCGUCCCUCUGGGCUGUCCUUCCAGUCAGGAUCGGACAGUGCGCCACAGUGCCUCCUGCUGGAGAGGCGCAGCGAGGCUGACGCCGCCGCUGCCGAGGCUGAGCUGGUCCAGGAGCGCACGGCAGAAAUCAGCUCCCCCCAGGACCAUGUCCUCACCCAUCUGGGGACACACACAGACCCCCUGGCUGAGCUGCUGGUCAAUGGAGACAUCCACACCAAAGCUCAAAGCCCUGUUUCCAACCGCGCGUCUUCCCCACGCUAUCCUCGCUCGGUUCCCCCGCGCUCGCCUUCCUCGCCGCGCUCUCCUUCCUCGCCGCGCUCUCCUUCCUCGCCGCGCUCUCCUCGCAGCCCCGUGUAUGCCAACGGCCACCUCUCCCCUCCUGUCAGCAGCCAAAGGGAUUCGAGCAACGGAGCAUUCCCCCGGCUGAAAGACCCCGGGAAGGAUUCUGCACCGACCCUCUGUGCCACAGAGCCUCUGCUAAGGGGGGAGGUCAGUAGAGAAGUGGACCACGCCCCCGAUCCGGUGUCCUCCCCGGUCGCCCCCCAUAAGGACCCCACCCGGAGGCUAAGUCGCAUCCCAGUCUUGGAGCCCUCCAGCCUGCUGGAGCUCCCUCCAGCGGGGUCCGCGAAGGAGAAACUCCUGCAGAAGAAAGCUAACCAUCAAGGCCCCGCCCCCUCUCCCACCGCCUCGCCAUCGAUCUCCGACAGGCGCGGCGGCGGCGGCUUCCCCAUGGCGGCCUCCUCCCUCGCCCGGGACCCGCUGUCCUCCGCCUCGGACCGCUCUCAGGACGACGACUCUCUCAUGGGCUCCCGUUCCGACCGCCAGGCGGGAGACGAUGCUCCAUCCCUCUCCUCCUCCUCCAGCCCGCUGUCCCGCAAGAGCCGGAUCCCGCGUCCGGUCCAUUCAUCGUCUUCGGCCGAGCAGCUGGCCGCCCAAUUCCUGCCGCGCCCGCCGCCCGGGAAGCCACCGGGCCGCUCCACAGCGGAGGGCAGGCUUCGCCGUUUCCGCAUCCGAGCCGGCAACAACAGUGACUCGGACCUCCUGACCUGCCUCGCUCAGCUGAUGCACGGCUCCCGCGGCGGCUCCCCGCUCCACCACCACCGCUUUCCGGCCCAGCGGGGGGGCUCCAGGCCGGGCGUCUGCAGUCUGACGAGCUCUCCGCACCACCACCACCACCGCAGCUCCAGCGCCUCCCCGCGCAGCGCCUCCUCCCUGCAGCGCUCCGUCAGCUCCUCGCCCUCACGUCACGACCACCGUGGAGGAGAGGGGGGAGGAGGAGGAGGAGGUGGAGGAGGGGGGGGAUGCAUCGGACGCAGCCGCUCGCCUCCCAGCUUCUCGGGCUCGCCUCCUCCACGCCGCUUCCACGCUCACCACCAGGACACGUGCUGCAGCCGCCAGGCUCGCACCGGGCCCUUUCACCUGUCCAGGGGCAAAGCCUGCAGCCGAGAGGGCAAGUGCUCCAGCAAGCCGAGCAGAUAGUUGCCCUCCCCAUGGGACGACUCUUAUUGUGAUGGGGUAGACCGCAGUGUCCUUCCUGUAUAGGUUUCCCUUUUCUUUCCCACCCCCAGCUGUCAGUCGGUACCUUCCACUUGUCUCUCUGUUUCCCGCAUCGUUCCCAUCGCUUCCUCCUCUUUGCACAUGGGUUCAUUCAUUUACGUGCCCAGCUUUUAAAGGGGCACUCCGGCAAAUUAGUACCGCACUUAUCAUAAAAGUUGUUGGACUACGAGACAUAUUUUAAAGAGAGAUGUGCCCACUUAGUUCGUUAAGUACCAAAAAUGUUGGAUACUCCAUUUCCCAGAAUGCAACUCGAUAACAUAAAUGACAACUUCUUUCAAACCCCUUCCAGAUUACAAUGAAGGCUCAUUGUUAAAGUGCGUCACCCAGUCUGAGCCUCAUGUGUAAGUGGAGUGUCCCUUUAAGGGAACUUAUUAGAGCGAUAUGGACAUGGCAGGGUCCUCCGUUGUCUUCAUAUUAUCAUGUUGUAGAGUUAAAUAGUGCAGCGGCUAAGUUUGACCCAAUGCAGCCAGGACUAUGAUAUGUAAAUCAAUAGUUAGGGGCACAUAAAUAAAUCCUAACCCUGUUUAUUUAUCUUCAUGCAUCCUGCACCACGGUAAUACAAUAGUACUUAUUCAUCCCCGGUAUUGAUGCACUUGGAUGAUGCUGAAUAUCAGUCGAGCUGAAUCACUAACUAAAUUAAAUAUUGGGCCUGAGGUUGACUCGGUUGUCUCCUCUGCAUUCGGAGAUUGCAGGCAGGGUAUUAUAUUUUACUUAAUGUGAAAAUGCAUAAAGCCAGAAUUUGUUGUACAGUUGUAGCUCUUGAGAUAUUUAUUUUGAUGCUUCUUCGACUCCUACCCUCCUCCGCGUGACUGUUGGAUGUGAGUUUUUUGUUUGUGUGUCACUCGCAUUAGUUUUAAAAUGUUUUAAAAUGGGAAGGGAUUGCUCCAAAGUGACCCCCCCCCCCCUUUAAAAAAAAAAUACAAUCAAUCACGUCGAGUGAGUGAGGACGCACGCCUUCUUGUGCCUACCGUGUUGCCGAGGGGGGAUUUACAGGUGAGACUCGUGGUGGAUAUUCGGUCGUAGCAAUACGAGGUACGUUACUGACGAGUAAUGUUCAGACGCGGAUGUCUCAGCGCAGCCUUGUGGCACUUUGGGCAGUUUAUGGAUUCACUUUGAUUUUAACGAGACAACAAAGAACAGACUUGUGCCAGCGGUUUAAAACGACGCCCCUUUUCACCAGUAUUCUUUUUUUUUUGAGCAACAGUACUUGAGUAGCUACUAUUUGUAAUCACUCACACACUCACACACACACACACACACACACAAAAGGAUAUAUUUCAAGUACAACCUGUCUUUGCUGUGUCAGCGUUGGAGAUAUAAAACCUUGAAAGAAAUGUGAAUCUCAAACCUCAAAACAACAAUGUUGUCAAACGCUAUAUUGAAAAAUGGAGGCCAUAUAUGUAUAUAUAUAUAUAUAUAUGUACAUAUAUAUAUAUAUAUAUGUAUGUACAUAUAUAAAUAUAUAUAUAUAUAUUAUAUAUAUAUAUAUAUAUAAAUAUACAUACAGGGUUCGUAUGUCAUGAAAAAACCUGGAAAAAAAUGUAAUUUACUUUUGGAAAAGUCAUGGAAAUGUUUUAUAUUCAUAUUUUCAUUUACGUAGUUUGAUUAAAAUAAUAAAUAUUUAUAUAAUUAUUUUAAUCAAACUAUUGUCUCAGUAGUGUAAUUUAAGUUAUACUCGUGUAUACACCAAGAUUUCACAAAAUGUUUAGUCAUGGAAAUUUGGUUUAAAGUCAUAGACAUUUGGUUUAAAGUCAUGGAAAUCCAUUGGCCAACAUGUGUAUGAACCCUGAUAUACUUCUCACACCAAAAUGAUGUUCUAUGCUUCCCAUGUGCAAGAAUGAUUUUUUAAAUUUUUGUUUUGUUCCUCCUGCGCCUGCAGAAUGUCUUUUACAAGAUGACAUACGGUACGUUUGUGCACAAGGGAAAGGAAUCAGAGUAUUAUUUGUGUUUUUAUUUAGCUAGGAUUCCUCACUGACACUCUCCUCCACAACCUCCUCUCUGCCUGUAAGAUAUUGCGCAAUAGCUCCAGCUUCCUUCCACUGCUACACUUUGCAUGCACAACAGAGAAAAAACACACACCAUCGACUCGUGAGUAAAAAGCAGUGUGUACCACUUCUCGCCACACGUCUUAUCUUAUUUUAUGACUUCAUUACUUUUUUAAAUCGACAUAUUUUCUCUUUCCCGCCUGUUUUCUGCACUUCCUGCACUGACCCGGUAUUUAUUGCGUCGCUGGAAUACGACGGACAGUUUUUUUGUUUUGUUAUCAGUGCAACUAACUGACGUGGAAAAAUACUACUAAAGGAGAAAAGACUAUGCUGAGUUUUAAGCACUUGUAUCGUAUAAAGGGAAACGCACCAGUUGAUAAUAGCAGUUAUACACACAGAAAAAUAAUAGUUCUUAAAUGGUUCUUUAAAAGGCUUUUUGGUUUCACGAAGAACCAUCAUCUACUGAAGAACCAUUUUGGAAAUGGUGCCUUAAAGAACACUUCUUGAAGGUUCUUUGAGAUAACUUUAUAGGUUCUUUGAAGAACUAUUUAAGAAACCCUGGUUUGAAAGGUUCUUUGUGGAACCAGAAAUGGUGCCUUAAAUAACCAUUUUUUAAGGUUCUUUGAGACACCUUUAUAGGUUCUUUGAAGAACUCUAAGGAAAUGGUUCUUUAAAGAGCCCUAGUUUGAAAGGUUCUUUGUGGAACCAGAAAUGGUUCUUCUACGGCAUCUCUCUGAAGAACCAUUUUCGGUUCCAGAUGGCACCUUCAUGUUUCUGUGUGUAGCCUCCAGCAAGACAUGGCUGCACAUUGCCAAAUAUUUUUGCAGAGAUUUUGCAGCUGCGGUUCUAACACGGGAGCGUGCAGUGAUUAUUUGAACGUGUGCCGCUUCAUGCAGACGCAGCUCUGAUGACUCAUCCUGAAGGCAGACAGCGUUCACUCAGUCAGUGGCCUUAAUGUCUCCUCUCUGCCCCUCUGUCCCUCUGUGCAUAGCGAGGGAUGUCUGAGCCUUGUCUGUGUUGGACAUCAUGAAGCAAUUUAAUUAAUUAACAGGUGGAAAUGGGGUGUGGGGGGGGGGGGAUGUCAGAGUGCUGCAUUCAAGGUGUGUUUGUAUAUUUGUGAUAAUUGCAUGCACUCAAAACACGGGGGCGUGCAAUUUCUACAUGUUUCGCAGUCAAUCUUCGAAUCCUCCUUGCUCCUUUUUAACUCACUCGUUUCGAGAUAUUUCGAGCUUUCAAAGUCCUUUAAAUAUAUACCUGUAAAAUAUGAAAUAAUUAUUUAAUUACAAAAAAAUGAUUGUAACACUAUAACUUAUACUCUUAACAGGAGGAGGAGCAGACACUCAAUGGUGCUGAUGGUUCUAAAAGAUAAUCAGAUUUCCAGGUUUAAAAAAAAAAAUCAUUAUUACACAUACGUGGUGUGAGGUUGUAAUACUAGUGGUACCCUCCAGAUGAGAUUUCAUUUGUCAUUCUUUAAAGUGGCCCGCUCAUAGAAAAGUGUCAUAUUUAUAGUAGCUCGCCGGGAAUUUGUGUUUACAGAGGCCAACGGAACAAACCAGCCGUUUUAUUUUAUUUUGAAAGGUAAGAUAUAAACUAAUGAAAGCUUUGGUUAGUUACUUAUAAAUACUUGACGACAAAUAUUUAUAGUGACAUAUGCUAAUUUCCCCAUCCAUCAUUUUGACUUCAAUUUUCAGGAUUUUUUUUAAUGGUUGGUAUUUUGUGUGGUACUGUGUCAUUGUUUUUUGACAUGUACAGUCUCAAGGAAAGAAUGUAACACGUGGGAGUUUUGCGUUGUAUAUAACUGUAAUUAUUUAUGUUUAUUCUAUCGUUUGUAUCAUAUCAAUGCCUUGUACAGUGCUUUUUUUGUUUUUGUUUUAAAAUUAUUUUGUAUUUUAUUUUUAUAAACUGGUUAUAAAUAAAAUACUCAUUCCGCAUGCAGACAGAAACUUGUGAAAGGUUUCUGUUUUAAAUCCUGAAACGUUGGCCGCUGGACAUAAAGGUUAUAAUAGUCAGUUGUCUAGUUAUUUUUUAUUAAUUUGAUGCACUGUUUUGUUUAUCAUCUGUCGCCAUCUCAGAUUGAACAAAAUGUAUAGGGAGUUAAAUAUCAGUUUAAGCUGCAAAUUUAAUAAAGAUUCAACCAAAAUACCUCAA